CCUUACAUUUAGUGCAGAAAAACAAAAAAACGAUGUAACAGUGAGUUUAUGCUGUCAAAUAGUUUUAUAUAUUUUCAAUAAUGUGGCCAUCAACCACCAUAUAGUAAUGAAAGCAACUUCUCAAGAGAUCUAAAUAAAAUCAUGUUGCUACAAUUCAUGUUAGUUUGUUAGAUACUUGAGAAAGAGAUGGGAAAAAAAGGUAAAUGGCUUAAGAAUUUCUUGACAGGGAAAAGAGAGAAAGAUAAAGAGAAAGAGAAAUCUACAAUAAACCAGAAUUUUUCUAAUGGAACAGAAAAUCCAACUACUCCGAUUUCGAGUUCAAAUUCAAGUUCUACGAAGGAGAAAAAGAGAUGGAGUUUUAGAAGGUCGUCUGCAUCGGCUACGCCAACGGUUUCUAAGGAGUUGAGUAAAUCUGAAGUUAUUGCUUCAGUGACAGUACCAACUGUUACGGUUACUGAUAUUCAGAAUGAGCAGAGAAAUCAUGCUUUGGCUGUGGCUGUUGCUACCGCGGCUGCAGCUGAUGCAGCAGUGGCUGCUGCGCAGGCUGCAGCUGUUGUGAUCCGCUUGACUUCUGGUUCGAAUGAGAAUUCUAGAAGUAUUGAAGAGGCUGCUGCUGUUAAAAUUCAAUGCGUCUAUCGAUCUCACUUGGCACGAAAGGCGUUGCGUGCUUUGAGAGGAUUAGUGAAGUUGCAGGCACUGAUAAGGGGUCACUUGGUGAGAAAACAGGCUAAGGCAACACUUAGAUGUAUGCAGGCUUUGGUGACAGCACAAGCUAGAGCUCGUGCUCAACGGAUUCGAAUGGUGUCCGAAGGAAGGCCUAAUCCAAAUCAAUCAACUCCUAGAAAUGUCAUGGAAAAUGACUUGUUCAGGCAAAUAUACAAUGAAAUGGACAGAGGCUUAGAAGACAACAUCAAGAUUGUGGAAAUGGACUUUUGUGAAUCAAAAGGUAACUCUACAAGCAGAAGCAGCAGUGUAAAUCAUCAUGGACAAUAUUAUGAACAAUCUGAACAUAGAUAUUCCACAAAUGGUUCCUAUUCUUACUCAAAAGAAGAAAACUACAAAGUAUCACCAGCUCCAUCAGCUGUAACAGAAAUGAGUCCAAAAGCAUGCAGUGGCCAUUUCGAAGAUUGCUUCAGCACAGCACAAAGCAGCCCUCAUUACUAUUCUGCUAUAUCGAAAACUGACGAUUCAGCUUCAAACCAUCCUUUUUCAUUCCCUAGACCAUCUUAUGCAGAACCUAUGUCCUAUGAUUACCCUUUGUAUCCAAGUUACAUGGCUAAUACAGAAUCAUCCAAGGCUAAAGCUAGAUCACACAGUGCACCAAAACAAAGGCCAGAUUCAUUUGAGAGGCAACCGAGCCGACGAAGAAUUUCGGUCGAGGGAAGAAAUGUACCUAGGCCAGUGAGAAUGCAAAGGUCAUCUUCACAUGUUGGUGCCACUGCUCAGAAUUACCAAUAUCCAUGGUCAAUUAAGCUUGAUAGAUCGGCGGUCUCGCUCCACGACAGCGAGUGUGGCUCGACAAGUACAAUGCUUACGAAUACUAAUUACUGCAGAUCUCUUGUUGCAUAUGAUCCAGAUGGAGAUAGGAACUGAAUGUGUGCCUUGUGUUACACUUAAUAGAAGACACUUUGCAAGAACAUUAACUAUGUAAGAAUUGAGGUUUAUUUUGCCCUUAGAUUUCAAAACAAAGAGUAAUGAUUCGGUUUUUAUAAUAUAGAGUUGCAGGGAUUUAUUGAAAGUGCAACUUGUGUAGAGUUUCUUCUACUACUAUUUCUUGUGUGUAUUGUCUGUGUGAAAACAUUGUAAUGGUUUUUUGUUUUGUAUAAAUGUUACAUUGUCUAACAGCACUGUUUUACUAAAGAAAGAGUUAU